UAAGUGACUUGGCGAAAAGUAAAAAAGAAAUUCAAAUUUAUUCGAGAAAUUCAAUUCAAUUGAGAAACAAAUUCUUGUAUUUUGCAAAGUAAUAGUUAUUGAAAAAGUGAAAAUUGCAUUAACGCAAGCAAAACGUACACUAGCGAAAAUAGUGAAAACCUAUUAAACAUUCUGAAUUGUUAACUAAAGAACUAGACCCGUGAAUAAGCAAUUACGCGAAAAUCACCAUGCAACACCAAAGUGCCUACAACAAUAAUAAACGCGUGACUACGCUACAACUAGCAUUCAGUGUCGCAUAUCUACUCUCACUCCUCAUGUUGCUUACCAUCAACACACCAAUGGCUGAGGCGCGUCCCAUGGACCUCUACGAUGACGUUGGCGAUUUCUUCGAUGCUGUCUCCCUGGACGAUGUGCCAUUAUCCGGCCGUUCCGCACCGGAAACCUUCUGCCGCAUGCCAAUACGCAAGGGUGUUUGCCGCGCGCUUAUUCCACGCUUCAGCUACGAUCCCAGUCGCAAGACUUGUGUCGAAUUCAAAUUCGGCGGCUGCGAUGGCAAUGAAAACAACUUCUCCAGCUAUGAGGCGUGCAUGGCCACGUGUGAGGGCAUGUAAAUGUGCACGCACACAUGCACAUAUACCCGCAUGCAU